GCAUCCGUCCCUCUGUACGGCCACGACGCGCACGAGCUGCCUGCAUACACUUACAGAAAUGCGCCAGUAGGUUUGUACGCCUCAUACCCCGGAUAAUCAAAUUACAUUCGAUUUUCAUACUUUACAGCGAGCGAUUGCAUCGUUUUUGUUCCAGCGGUGGUAUGAUCUGUUAACUAUAUAUUCACCCUUAUUCACCGUGUCCGCGCGCACUGACGCGCUCCGGAUCUGUGAGAGACACCGAAUCAACGGGGGGAAAAUCAUUAGAAGAAGAUUCGUCGAGGAAAGAGGAAAGGUAAGCAAGGCCAGUGCUGACUGUGAUGAUUCUGAUGGCGAGCAGAAGACUCCCGUAGCAGCAUCCAGUGCUGUUGACAACUGUGUGGAUUACACUUUGAUACCACAAGAUACCUGAUUCCACAAGUUAAUCGAAAGGGGCAGGACAUGACUCAGUUGCCAUGCAGGCUGCUAUGGUAACAGGCCUUUUCAGCCCCUCCCCCCUCAUCUGGUUGGUCCAACUGUUGUUGUGGCCACACCUCCUCGGGCCUAUAUUGGCUGAAGCCAGUCCUGCCUGCCCUACUCCCUGUAGCUGUUCCAAUCAAGCCAGUCGAGUGAUCUGUACUAGAAAAGGCUUGAAUGAAGUUCCACAGAGUAUCUCUUCCAAUACUCGAUACCUCAACCUCCAGGAGAACUCCAUACAGUUGAUCAGGUCAGACACCUUCAAGCACCUAAAUCAUCUGGAAAUUUUACAGUUGUCUAAGAACCAGAUUCGUCAGAUAGAAGUGGGAGCUUUCAAUGGCCUUCCCAAUCUUAUCACCCUGGAGCUUUUUGACAACAGAUUGCCACUGGUACCAUCACAGGCAUUUGAGUACCUGAGCAAGCUGCGUGAACUCUGGCUAAGGAACAACCCCAUAGAGACACUCCCAGCGUACGCCUUCCACCGUGUGCCGUCGCUACGGCGAUUAGACCUCGGUGAGCUGCGCAAACUCAGUUUCAUCUCGGAGGCUGCAUUCGAGGGGUUGCUGAACCUACGUUUCCUGAAUCUGGGCAUGUGCGGUCUUAAGGAUGUACCCAACUUGACGCCUCUCGUGCGGCUAGAGGAACUGGAGCUGUCAGGAAACCAACUGGGUGUGGUGCGUCCUGGAUCUUUCCAAGGCCUUGUGUCUCUUCGCAAACUGUGGCUCAUGCACUCUCGGAUCUCGGUCCUUGAGAGGAAUGCCUUCGAUGACCUCAAGAACCUGGAGGAGCUUAAUCUGUCCCAUAACUCUCUGCAUUCGUUGCCCCAUGAUCUCUUCACUCCACUGCAGCAGUUAGAGCGUGUCCAUCUGAACCACAACCCUUGGGUUUGCAACUGUGACGUUCUGUGGUUGAGUUGGUGGCUUAAAGAAACCGUUCCUGAUAACUCCACUUGUUGUGCACGUUGCCAUGCCCCACCGGGUACUAAGGGCAGGUACAUUGGUGACCUCGAACAGCGAGACUUCACCUGCUAUGCACCUGUGAUUGUAGAGCCACCCACCGACCUUAAUGUGACAGAGGGAAUGGCAGCGGAGCUGAAAUGCCGCACUGGGACAUCCAUGACUUCUGUUAAUUGGUUGACCCCCAAUGGAACCUUGAUGACCCAUGGAGCGUACAAGGUCCGGAUCUCUGUCCUGCAUGAUGGAACCCUGAAUUUCACCAAUGUGACCAUGCAAGACACAGGACCGUACACCUGUAUGGUCACCAACUCUGCUGGCAACACCACAGCAACUGCUGUGUUGAACGUCUCUGCAUCUGACCCAGGCAAUGGCUACAGCUACUUCACAACUGUUACCGUUGAAACAGUAGAGACUGGGCAAGAUGGCCACGAUUCAGCAAGGCAGUUCGUCAAUGAGACGUUUAUUAGUUUUCCAGGGCCGACGGCUGCAUCUGCAUCAGCAGGUCCCACUGGUUCAAUGCUGUCCUCCUUGUCACCGCGAGCUACGCGUGGACCCGAUCGCCCUUUCACAGUCUCCAUCACGGACAUCGCCAACCUGUCGGGUCUCGAGGACGUAAUGAAGACGACCAAGAUCAUCAUCGGCUGCUUUGUGGCCAUCACCUUCAUGGCGGCCGUGAUGCUGGUCGUCUUCUACAAGCUUCGCAAGCAGCACCAACUGCACAAACACCACGGCCCGGCACGCGCCAUUGAGAUCAUCAACGUCGAAGAUGAGAUCGGAUCUGCCGGUGGGACUAGUGGCAUCACGGGAGGGAGCACCAUCCACACGGGUGCAGGAUCUGGUGGAGGAAGCAGGCAGAGUCCGAGGAAUCAUGAUCCUGAGAUCAUGACCCUACCGAGCGUUGGGCAAGCGGACCACCUGAACCACUACUACAAAACGCACCACUUUAACAACAACGUACUGGGCUUGAACAUGGCUUCUGGAAUGCUCAACAACAAACCCAACCCUUCCUCCCAAAAUCAGGCUUCGACCAUGAAAAUAGGGACUUCCAGUGACCCCUCCAACCCUGGCUCGACCUUACCUCCCCUGCCAAUUCCCAUCCCAAUGGCGAUGACUUUCCAUGGAACUCUGAAAGGCCUUAGUCACGUUCCCAAUGUGCAGACUGAGCCACUGUUGCUAUCGAAUGGCUCCAAGGAGAGCGUUCAGGAAACCCAGAUCUGAUUACCCUCGCAUAAACAUGCACACGCAGGAAGGGAAGUAGACUGGUUUUAAACCAGUGUGACUGUCAAGUCUUUGCAGUCUUGGACAUUAUGGAACUCCAUCCCUUUCCGACAGAUUUUAUGGAAUAUUCCGUUCAAUGAACAGAGAGACAGGCUUUUACUGAUGAAGUGGACAUGGCGCUAUUGAGUACAUAUGUGCCAAAGCAAGCGUCUUUUUUGCAGUUCUUAUGAGUUGUGUCCGCGUAUAAAAAAAUAUAUAGUCUAUAUUAAAGUAGUGUAAUUACUUAAGUGUUGGUUUGCCACAGUCCAGCGACACCGAGUACACACACCGAUGUACAGCAGCUAACAGACCUGUAUAAAAGCAUACACACAUUUACACUUCCCAGAGGUUGACAUCAUUAUUCAUCGUACUCACCUCGGUAGGUAGUGUACCUGUGUGUGUGUGUGUAUGUGUGUGUGUGUGUGUGUAAGGGACAGUAUUAACUGAGACUAAUUCAAAAAUAAAGACUUAAACUGCUGUGAUCCAGAACACAUGCUCAUGUUCACUCUGCUUCAUGAUGACAUUCUGAAUCUAGCACAAGUGAGGAUCAGUUCAUAAGCUCAGAAGUCUGAACUCUAAAAGACACCAGUUUCAGGGUGACAUACACUUUCAUCAUACCUAGAGGAGAGGGCAGAGAGAACAAGUCUUUCCAUGUGAACAAUAAGAGUACUUGGCUGCUGUCCUCAGCAAAGGUACAACAGUACCUGCUGACAAGCGACCAUAGUGCAAACUCUCUGUGCAUAUCUGCAUUUAAAGAGAUCUUGAGUGUCAUAUGUUUGUCUUUUCACCUGAAUCGAAUAGUAACAGCAGUGUGUAAGGGCUAUUUCACUGGCAUUUGAUGUGUGCAGAACGUGUCUGGACUUAAAGUCAACAUGAAAUGCCAUUCGCAACCCAUUUAACUUCUGUAGUAUUUCUAUGUGAAACAGGAUAUUCAAUGGACGCAGGGCGGGACUUGACUUUGUUCAUCAGGAAUUGAUUGGAUCAUGAAAAUUGGGGCGUACCAGAAUUGAGUCAAGAGGGAUUCGUGACAGUAGCCGAAAUGGAAAGUCGUUUCAGAGGCGGAGAAGGUUACACUUUGAUAAAAGUUUCUGAAGAUUUGUUUUUUUUUUACUUGGCAUAAUGUGCACCAAUGACUCGUGCACAAUAAGGAAUGUGUGUUAAAGUAAACAGCGUCCAUUUUGAGUUCAUGUUGACUGAAUUCAAAAUAAGCUGUAUUAAAGCUUUGAAAUAUACUGGGAUACGCAGCACAGGAGAUUUCGCCAACAUGAAAAUUUUAGAUUUUUAACAGAGAGAGAAUGAAAGACAUUGUGAAAAUGUCCAGAUUUUUCUGAUGAAAGAUUUUGCAAUAUGACAUGUAAUCUAAUGUAAAGAUUUUCAAGUAUACUGUUUAUAGACCAAAUCGCUGGGUUUGGGAAUCAGGGUUCAGGGAAUGGGAAUAAUACCGCUCUUGGGCCACUUCAAAUUUAACGUUAGCCAUCCAUUUGGGGGAAACUUGUAUGCCUCACUUUCAGAGAGUAUUUUCUUUGAAGAGAUUCGCGGACUGACAGGUCCUUCGUGGGAGCCAUACAACAACUGCUGACUACAUAAAGCGUUCUAUUCAUCCUUGAAUGGCUUUGAAGUUGUAUAAUAACAAUGUGCAAUGUGCCAUUAAUUGGAGUAGAGUACAC